AUGGCAAUGGCAGUAGCUGAGAAUAAGCCUCAUGCAGUUUGUAUACCCUACCCAGCUCAAAGCCACAUAAAAGGAAUGAUGAAACUAGCAAAGCUCCUCCAUCACAGGGCGGGGAUUUUCCUCCCACCAUCCGAUCCCAACGCCACCCACGACGUAGCUGCUCUCUAUGGAUCCGUCAGAAGAAACUUCUUGACACCAUUUCGUAACCUCCUUGCCAAACUCAAUGACGACGAUAAUGCUACACCAGCUGUUACUUGUAUUGUCUCUGAUGGUGUAAUGCCAUUCUCCAUUAAAGUAGCUGAUGAACUCCGAAUCCCCGUUGCUAUGUUCUGGACUUUUGCUGCUUGUGGCUUCAUGGGUUUUUAUCAGUAUUAUGCUCUAUUGGACAAAGGUCUUACACCACUCAAAGAUGCAAGCUAUCUAACAAACGGGUACUUGGACACUGUAAUAGACUGGAUUCCGGGAAUGAAAGAUAUUCGUCUAAAGGACUUUCCAACAUUUUUACAAACUGCUGACCCAAAUAAUGAAAUAUUUAACUUAUGCAUGGAAUCAGCAGAGAGUGCUUCUCAAGCUUCUGCAAUUGGUUUGCAUACUUUCGAUGCAUUGGAGCAAGAUCUUUUGGAUACUCUCUCAUCUAUGUUUCCCCAUGUUUACACCAUUGGUCCUUUACAGUUACUUCUAAACCAACAAGUAUCACCAGAAUUGGAGUCUCUCGGAUACAAUUUGUGGAAAGAAGAAGCAGAGUGUCUCCAAUGGCUUGAUUCUAAAGAAUGUUUAUGUCAAUUUUGGGAGUAUCGUAGUCAUGUCACUACAACACUGGAUAGAAUUUGCUUGGGGACUUGCCAAUAG